AUGGUGACUGGCGGCGGCGCUGCUCCUCCCGGGACUGUCACUGAGCCGCUUCCCAGUGUGAUUGUGCUGAGCGCAGGCAGGAAGAUGGCGGCUGCCGCGGCCUCGGGCCCCGGCAGCUCCUCCUCGGCGGCUGCGGCUGCGGCUGCGGCUGCAGCAGCGGCGGCAGGGGCUGGGGCCGGGGUUUCCGAGUGGCUAGUGUUGCGGGACGGCUGCAUGCGCUGCGACGCCGAUGGGCUGCACAGCCUCUCCUAUCACCCGGCGCUCAACGCCAUCCUGGCCGUCACCAGCCGCGGGACCAUCAAAGUCAUCGACGGCACCUCGGGGGCCACCUUACAGGCCUCGGCGCUUAGCGCCAAACCAGGUGGACGGGUGAAAUGUCAGUAUAUAUCUGCUGUGGAUAAAGUUAUCUUUGUGGAUGAUUAUGCAGUAGGGUGUAGGAAAGACCUUAAUGGGAUCUUGUUGCUAGACACUGCUCUGCAAACUCCUGUUUCAAAGCAAGAUGAUGUAGUUCAGCUUGAAUUACCAGUUACAGAGGCCCAGCAACUUUUAUCUGCUUGUAUAGAAAAGGUAGAUGUUUCUUCUUCUGAAGGGUAUGACUCGUUCAUCACACAGUUGAAAGAUGGACUAAAAAAUACAUCUCAUGAGACUGCAGCUAAUCAUAAAGUUGCUAAGUGGGCUACAGUUACGUUUCAUCUUCCUCAUCAUGUGUUGAAGUCUGUUGCCAGUGCCAUUGUAAAUGAACUCAAGAAAAUAAAUCAAAAUGUUGCUGCCUUACCUGUAGCCUCUUCAGUGAUGGACAGGCUGUCUUACCUCUUACCUAGUGCAAGGCCUGAACUUGGAGUGGGUCCAGGUCGAUCUGUAGACAGGUCACUGAUGUACAGUGAAGCUAACAGACGGGAGACAUUCACCUCAUGGCCUCAUGUUGGAUAUAGGUGGGCACAGCCAGAUCCCAUGGCUCAAGCUGGCUUUUAUCACCAGCCUGCCUCAUCUGGAGAUGACAGAGCCAUGUGUUUUACUUGUAGUGUAUGUCUCGUUUGUUGGGAGCCUACUGAUGAACCUUGGUCUGAACAUGAGAGACAUUCCCCAAACUGCCCAUUUGUGAAAGGUGAACACACGCAGAAUGUACCCUUGUCAGUUACGCUUGCAACGAGUCCAGCACAAUUUCCCUGUACUGAUGGCACUGACAGAAUAUCCUGCUUUGGGUCUGGAAGCUGUCCUCAUUUUCUAGCUGCUGCAACAAAACGAGGAAAGAUCUGCAUAUGGGAUGUUUCCAAACUUAUGAAGGUGCACUUAAAGUUUGAAAUUAAUGCAUAUGAUCCAGCAAUUGUACAACAGCUUGUCUUAUUGGGAGAACCAAGUUCAGGAGUUGAUUCAAGGAGACCAACAUUAGCUUGGCUGGAAGAUUCGUCUAGCUGCUCAGAUAUACCAAAAUUGGAAGGAGACAGUGAUGACUUACUGGAGGAUUCAGACAGUGAAGAGCAUUCCAGAUCAGAAUCAGUGACAGGGCAUACAUCACAGAAGGAAGCCAUGGAAGUAAGCCUUGAUAUAACAGCUCUCAGCAUCCUCCAGCAGCCAGAGAAGCUUCAGUGGGAAAUUGUGGCAAAUGUCCUUGAAGAUACUGUUAAGGAUCUUGAAGAACUUGGGGCAAAUCCCUGUGUAGCAAACUGUAAGAGUGAAAAGACAAAAGAAAAGCACCUGGAACAACACAACAUUCCCUUUCCAUGUUUAUUAGCUGGGGGAUUAUUGACAUAUAAAUCUCCUGCUACCUCUCCCAUUAGCAGUAACUCUCACAGGUCACUGGAUGGUGUAAGCAGGACUCAGGGUGAAAAUAUAUCAGAACAAGGGUCAACAGAUAAUGAAUCCUGCAACAAUUCAGAACUAAAUUCCCCUCUGGUAAGGAGGACUUUACCCAUCUUGCUACUCUAUAGCAUUAAAGAAUCUGAUGAAAAAGCAGGAAAAAUAUUUUCACAGAUGAACAAUAUUAUGAGUAAAAGUUUACAUGAUGACGGUUUUACGGUUCCUCAGAUUAUUGAAAUGGAGCUGGAUAGUCAGGAGCAGUUGCUAUUGCAGGAUCCUCCUGUGACUUACAUUCAGCAGUUUGCAGAUGCGGCGGCCAACCUUACCUCUCCAGACUCUGACAAGUGGAACUCUAUGUUUCCCAAGCCUGGGACUUUGGUUCAGUGCUUGCGGCUGCCAAAGUUUGCAGAGGAGGAGAACCUUUGUGUAGACUCUAUCACUCCUUGUGCAGACGGAGUUCAUUUGUUAGUGGGCCUGAGGACAUGCCCUGUUGAAUCCCUGAGUGCAAUAAAUCAAGUAGAGGCCUUGAAUAAUUUAAAUAAAUUAAACUCAGCACUAUGUAACAGAAGGAAAGGUGAGCUGGAAUCUAAUCUUACAGUGGUGAAUGGCACAAAUAUCAGUGUAAUCCAACAUGAAUCACCAGCAGAUGUACAAACUCCUUUAAUAAUUCAGCCUGAGCAGAGAAGUGUUAGUGGUGGAUAUUUAGUGCUUUAUAAAAUGAACUAUGCCACUCGGAUUGUGACUUUGGAGGAAGAGCCAAUAAAAAUCCAGCAUAUCAAAGAUCCCCAGGACACAAUUACCUCGCUUAUAUUGCUUCCACCAGAUAUACUGGAUAAUCGAGAGGAUGAUUGUGAGGAGCCUGUAGAAGAAAUGCAGCUAACCUCAAAGAAUGGCAGUGAGAGAGAAAAAAAGUCUGAUAUUUCUACUCUGGGACAUUUGGUAAUAACUACUCAGGGAGGAUAUGUAAAAAUAAUAGAUCUUUCAAACUUUGAAAUUUUGGCCAAAGUGGAGCCUCCUAAAAAGGAGGGCACUGAGGAACAGGACAUGUUCGUCUCUGUCAUAUACUGCUCAGGCACAGACAGGCUGUGUGCAUGCACUAAAGGGGGAGAGCUUCAUUUCCUCCAAAUUGGAGGAACUUGUGAUGACAUUGAUGAAGCUGAUAUACUUGUGGAUGGAUCCCUUUCUAAAGGAGUUGAACAGUCACUAGAAGGUACCAAGCCUUUAUCUAAUCCUUCAAGUCCUGGUAUUUCAGGAGUUGACCUUUUGGUGGACCAGCCAUUUACUCUUGAAACUAUGACAUCUUUAGUGGAACUAACCCGUUUUGAGACCUUAACUCCACGGUUUUCUGCUACUGUUCCUCCUUGCUGGGUGGAAGUUCAGCAGGAACAGCAGCAAAGACGACAUCCUCAGCAUUUACAUCAGCAGCACCAUGGAGAUGCAGCUCAGCAUACUCGAACUUGGAAACUACAAACUGAUAGCAACAGCUGGGAUGAACAUGUGUUUGAACUUGUCUUGCCUAAAGCUUGUAUGGUUGGGCAUGUGGACUUUAAAUUUGUUUUGAAUUCAAAUAUCACCAACAUACCACAGAUACAAGUGACUUUACUGAAAAACAAAGCUCCAGGCUUAGGAAAAGUCAGUGCUCUUAAUAUUGAAGUUGAGCAAAAUGGGAAGCCUUCUCUGGUUGAACUCAAUGAAGAAAUACAGCACAUGGAUGUAGAAGAAUCACAGUGUCUUAGAUUAUGUCCUUUUUUAGAAGAUCAUAAAGAAGACAUUUUAUGUGGCCCUGUGUGGCUGGCUAGUGGCCUUGAUUUAUCAGGACAUGCUGGGAUGCUGACAUUAACAAGUCCUAAGCUUGUUAAAGGCAUGGCAGGAGGAAAAUACCGCUCCUUUUUAAUUCAUGUCAAAGCAGUGAAUGACAGAGGAACAGAAGAGAUUUGUAAUGGUAGCAUUCGCCCUGUGGUAAGAAUCCCAUCUCUGAAACCUCAGAGUAACAAGGGACAUUCACUUGCUUCACUACUGGCAAAAGUUGCAGCAGGCAAGGAAAAAUCAUCUACCACGAAGAGUGAAACUGGUGGUUCCUCAAGAAAAUCAGAAAACCUCAGGGGCUGUGAUUUGUUACAAGAGGUUUCAGUCACUAUUCGUAGAUUUAAGAAAACUUCAAUUUCAAAAGAAAGGGUACAACGAUGUGCCAUGUUACAGUUUUCAGAGUUUCACGAGAAACUCCUUAACACACUCUGCAGAAAAUCAGAUGAUGGUCUCACUACAGAACAUGCACAGAGCCUUGUGUUGGAUACCUUAUGCUGGUUGGCUGGAGUCCAUUCAAAUGGACCUGGAAGCUCAAAGGAAGGAAAUGAGAGCUUGCUUUCCAAGACACGUAAAUGUCUUUCUGACAUAGUACGUGUUUGCUUCUUUGAGGCAGGACGAAGCAUAGCCCAUAAGUGCGCCCGAUUCUUAGCAUUAUGCAUAAGCAAUGGCAAAUGUGACCCAAGUCAACCAGGAUUUGGAUCUGUUCUGUUGAAGGCUUUACUUGAUAAUAUGCCACUUUUACCUGCAGCUGCUACUGGGGGAUCUGUGUAUUGGUAUUUUGUCUUGUUGAAUUACGUUAAAGAUGAGGAUUUGGCUGGCUGCAGUACUGCUUGUGCGUCUUUGCUCACUGCUGUGUCGAAGCAGUUACAGGAAAGGUUAACACCGAUGGAGGCUUUACUUCAAACCAGAUAUGGGUUAUAUAGCUCACCAUUUGAUCCAGUUCUCUUUGAUUUGGAGAUGAGUGGCUCUUCUUGUAAAAAUGUGUACAAUAGCAGUAUUGGUGUACAGUCAGAUGAAAUUGAUCUCUCAGAUGUCCUUUCAGGGAAUGGCAAGGUUAGUAGCUGCACAGCUGCUGAGGGUAGUUUUACUUCUCUGACUGGACUCCUUGAAGUUGAACCUCUGCACUUUUCGUGUGUUUCAACCAGUGAUGGAACAAGGAUAGAAAGGGAUGAUGCAAUGAGUUCCUUCGGGGUUACCCCCGCAGUAGGUGGCCUCUCCUCGGGGACCGUUGGGGAAGCUUCGACCGCCCUGAGUUCAGCAGCCCAGGUAGCUUUGCAGUCUCUCUCUCAUGCAAUGGCUUCAGCUGAGCAACAGCUCCAGGUGCUGCAAGAGAAACAGCAGCAGCUUUUGAAGCUUCAGCAACAGAAAGCAAAGUUGGAAGCCAAAUUACAUCAGACUACAGCAGCAGCUGCAGCAGCAGCAUCAGCAGUAGGUCCUGUUCACAACUCUGUGCCUUCUAAUCCAGUGGCAGCACCAGGAUUUUUCAUUCAUCCAUCUGAUGUUAUUCCACCUACUCCAAAAACAACACCACUCUUCAUGACUCCACCACUAACUCCACCAAAUGAAGCUGUGUCUGUUGUGAUCAAUGCAGAACUUGCACAACUCUUUCCAGGCUCAGUUAUUGAUCCUCCCACAGUCAAUCUUGCUGCACAUAAUAAAAAUACAAACAAGUCUAGAACGACUCCACUUGGAACUGGCCUUGCUCUAGCAAUUUCUCAUGCUUCACAUUUCCUACAACCUCCACCCCAUCAGUCUAUUAUUAUAGAGCGAAUGCAUUCAGGAGCAAGGAGAUUUGUGACCUUAGAUUUUGGCAGACCUGUACUCUUGACUGAUGUAUUGAUUCCCACUUGUGGAGACUUGGCCUCUUUAUCAAUUGACAUCUGGACAUUAGGAGAAGAGGUGGAUGGAAGGCGAUUGGUAGUCGCUACAGAUAUUAGCACCCAUUCACUAAUUCUUCACGACUUAAUACCACCUCCAGUAUGCAGAUUUAUGAAGAUCACUGUCAUUGGUCGAUAUGGCAGUACAAAUGCUAGAGCAAAAAUCCCAUUAGGAUUUUAUUAUGGUCACACUUAUAUCUUGCCAUGGGAGAGUGAACUGAAGUUAAUGCAUGAUCCUUUAAGAGGAGAAAGUGAAUCUUCAAAUCAACCAGAAAUUGAUCAGCAUUUAGCAAUGAUGAUUGCCUUGCAAGAAGACAUACAAUGCAGGUACAAUUUAGCUUGUCAUAGACUGGAAACCCUUUUGCAGAGUAUUGAUCUUCCUCCUCUCAACAGUGCCAAUAAUGCACAGUAUUUUUUGCGAAAGCCAGAUAAGGCAGUUGAAGAAGACACUAGAGUAUUUUCGGCCUAUCAGGACUGUAUUCAGUUGCAGCUUCAACUCAAUUUGGCUCAUCAUGCCGUACAAAGGCUCAAAGUAGCAUUAGGUGCAAGCAGAAAGACCUUGAGAGAACUUCCUGAAGCUAAAGAUUUAAUUCAGAUGUCCUCCACUGAGCAAUUACGCACAAUCAUCAGAUAUCUCCUGGAUACUUUACUUAGUCUCCUUCAUUCUUCCAAUGGACACUCAGUCCCUGCGGUUUUACAAAACACAUUUCAUGCUCAGGCAUGUGAAGAGCUAUUUAAACAUCUCUGCAUCAGUGGAACCCCAAAGAUACGUUUACACACUGGUCUUCUCCUCGUUCAGCUCUGUGGUGGUGAAAGAUGGUGGGGGCAAUUUCUUUCCAAUGUUCUUCAGGAAUUGUACAAUUCAGAGCAACUUCUUAUCUUUCCACAAGACAGGGUUUUCAUGUUGCUUUCCUGCAUUGGCCAAAGAUCACUUAGUAACAGUGGAGUCUUGGAAAGCUUGCUUAAUCUCCUGGAUAAUUUACUGUCACCUCUUCAACCGCAUUUGCCCAUGCAUAGACACACAGAAGGAGUAUUGGAUAUUCCCAUGAUCAGUUGGGUUGUAAUGCUGGUGUCCAGAUUGCUAGAUUAUGUUGCAACCAUUGAAGAUGAGGCAGCAACUGCCAAGAAACCUUUGAAUGGUAAAGAAAGGGAGAGGUUUUUGACAGGUCACCAGUGGAGUUUCAUUAACAACAGUCUGCAUACUCAAAGCCUAAAUCGAUCUUCCAAAGGCAACAGUAGUCUUGAUAGAUUAUAUUCCAGAAAGAUCAGAAAGCAACUUGUUCAUCAUAAACAGCAACUUAAUUUAUUAAAAUCAAAACAGAAGGCUUUGGUGGAACAGAUGGAAAAAGAGAAAAUACAAAGCAACAAAGGAUCAUCGUACAAACUUUUGGUAGAGCAGGCAAAACUAAAGCAGGCUACAUCAAAGCACUUUAAAGAUUUAAUUCGUUUACGUCGCACUGCGGAAUGGCCUCGCUCUACAUUAGACACAGAAGUCUCAACCACAAAAGAAAGCCCAGAGAUCGAACCCCUUCCGUUUACUCUGGCCCAUGAACGUUGCAUCUCUGUUGUGCAGAAACUUCUGCUCUUUCUGUCCAUGGAUUUUACUUGUCAUGCAGAUCUCCUUUUGUUUAUUUGUUCUUGCAAGAUUGCAAAUGCCACUCGACCAACAAUUCAUUUGUGUGAAAUUGUAAAUGAAGCUCAACUUGAAAGACUCUUAUUACUUAUGGUUGGAACUGACUUUAAUAGAGGAGAUAUAUCUUGUGGUGCUUGGGCUCAGUAUUCCUUGAGUUGUAUGCUACAGGACUCUUAGCGGGUAACUGUUGUGACUUUAUCCAUAGGCGAGUUGUUAGCACCAGUUGCUGCUGAAGCUAUGGAAGAAGGGGCAGUGGGAGAAGAUGUAGAGACAACAACUGGGGAUUCUGAUGAUUCUCUUCAGCAGUCUUCAGUUCAGUUGCUAGAAACUAUUGAUGAACCUCUGACACAUGAUAUCACAGGUGCUCCUCCUCUUUCAUCUUUGGAAAAAGAUAAAGAAAUUGACCUUGAUAUUUACAAGAUCUGAUGGAGUUGACAUUGAUCCUUAGAUAUUGAUUUGGAAAAAGAUCCUCUUGCAGCCAAAGUCUUCAAGCCUAUAAGCAGCACGUGUAUGAUAUUGGGGUGCUGAUUAAUGGCACCUACAAUUAAUAACCCUUACAUCGGAGGUCUUGGAAUCCCUGUAGCAAAACCACAGCAACAACAGAAAAAAUAUGGAUCACAGACUGUGAGUGUGUCGGUUUUCCGUCAACUCUGGAUGCCCGUUCUAGAGGUUGGACUUGAACAGCAAGCAGAGCUCAUGUAAAUGAUGUCUACUUUGGAAGCAGAUUCUAUUUUACAGGCAUUAACAAACACAUCGCCAACAUUUUCCCAGUCUCCCUCUGGAACAGAUGAUUCAUUAUUAAGGGGGUUUCAGGCAGCCAACCAGGCCAAUCAGCUGAUAAUACAAUUGUCCUCCAUCCCUAUGCUGAGUAAUUGCUUCAACAAACUUUUUUCCAUGCUUCAAGUUCAUCAUGUUCAGUUGGAGUCCCUUCUACAAUUAUGGCUUACAUUAAGUCUAAACUCUAAUUCUUCUGGGAAUAAAGAACAUGGAGCUGACAUUUUCUUAUAUAAUGCUAAUCGGACACCUGUCAUAUCUUUGAAUCAAGCAUCAAUAACUAGCUUCUUAACAGUAUUGGCAUGGUAUCCCAAUACUUUACUCCGGACAUGGUGCCUAGUGCUUCAUAGCCUAACACUCAUGACAAACAUGCAGCUUAACUCUGGUCCAAGCAAUGCUAUAGGAGCUCAGGAAAGUACUGCCCAUCUACUGGUCUCAGAUCCUAAUCUUAUUCAUGUCUUAGUAAAAUUUCUUUCAGGAACUAGUCCUCAUGAACAAAUCAACACAGGUCCCAAGGUUGGGCCAACAGCUACACAAGCUAUGCAAGAAUUUCUUACAAGGUUACAAGUGCAUCUUUCUUCAACAUGUCCUCAGAUAUUUAGUGAAUUUUUGCUAAAGCUAGUUCAUAUACUUUCAACAGAGAGGGGUGCUUUUCAGACAGGCCAAGGGCCUCUGGAUGCGCAAGUGAAGCUCUUAGAAUUCACACUAGGACCAAAAUUUUGAAGUCGUUUCGUCAGCAUUAUUUCUGCAGUUAUUGAAUCCAUCACAUUUCUAGUACAUCAUUAUAUCACUUGCUCUGAUAAAGUGGUGUCUCGGAGUGGAUCAGACAGUUCAGUAGGUGCUCGUGCAUGUUUCGGAGGACUCUUUGCCAACAUAAUUCGUCCAGGUGAUGCCAAAGCUGUAUGUGGAGAAAUGACAAGGGAUCAGCUUAUGUUUGAUUUAUUAAAACUGGUCAAUAUUCUGGUACAGUUACCCCUUUCAACUAAUAGAGAAUACAGUGCUCGAGCUCCAGUGGCUACUAGUACUACAGACAGUGUUUCAGAUGAAGAAAAAGUCUCGGGAGGCAAGGAUGGCAAUGGAAGCAGUUCCAGUAACCAAGGUUCCACAGCCUAUGUGGCUGACUUAGUGUUGGCCAAUCAACAAAUUAUGAGCCAGAUUUUGUCUGCUUUGGGCCAGUGUAAUAGCAGUGCAAUGGCAAUGAUAAUUGGUGCAAGUGGCUUACACCUCACCAAACAUGAAAAUUUUCAUGGUGGAUUAGAUGCAAUAUCAGUUGGGGAUGGCUUAUUCACCAUACUCACUACUCUGAGCAAAAAAGCUACUACAGUACAGGUCAUGUUGCAACCAAUUCUUACAUAUAUGGCUUGUGGCUAUAUGGGAAGACAAGGCUCUCUUGCUACUUGCCAGUUAUCUGAACCACUAUUGUGGUUCAUUUUGAGAGUCCUGGAUACCAGUGAAGCCUUAAAAGCAUUUCAUGACAUGGGAGGUGUUCAGCUUAUUUGCAACAACAUGGUCACCAGUACCAGAGCUAUUGUAAAUACAGCAAGAAGCAUGGUGUCAACAAUUAUGAAAUUUCUUGAUUCUGGGCCCAGUAAGGCCACUGACAGUAGUUUGAAAGCAAGAGUACUAGCUUCUGAACCUGAUAACGCAGAAGGGAUCCACAACUUUGCACCUUUGGGGACUAUUACGUCUAGUAGCCCUACUGCCCAGCCUGCAGAAGUGUUGCUUCAGGCUACUCCACCUCAUAGAAGAGCUCGCUCUGCUGCAUGGUCUUACAUAUUUUUGCCAGAGGAGGCCUGGUGUGACCUGACCAUCCACCUUCCAGCUGCUGUCCUUAUAAAAGAGAUACACAUCCAACCCCACCUUGCAUCUCUUGCAACUUGCCCUUCUUCAGUAUCUGUUGAAGUGAGUGCAGAUGGGGUUAAUAUGCUACCUUUAUCUUCCCCUGUGGUUACCAGUGGUCUCACCUACAUAAAAAUCCAGCUUGUUAAGCCAGAAGUGGCCUCUGCUGUUUGUCUUAGACUACACCGCCCACGAGAUGCCAGCACCUUGGGUCUUUCUCAGAUUAAAUUACUAGGCCUCACAGCAUUUGGAAAUACUUCAUCAGCAACAGUUAACAAUCCUUUUCUUCCAUCUGAAGAUCAGGUGUCUAAAACAAGUAUUGGUUGGUUACGGUUAUUACAUCACUGCCUUACUCACAUAAGUGAUCUGGAAGGAAUGAUGGCAAGUGCUGCUGCACCCACUGCUAAUCUUCUCCAGACAUGUGCGGCCUUACUGAUGUCACCAUACUGUGGUAUGCAUUCACCUAACAUUGAAGCUGUGCUUGUUAAAAUAGGCCUGCAGUCCACUAAAAUUGGAUUAAAGCUGAUAGAAAUUCUUCUAAAAAAUUGUGCAUCAUGCAGUGAUCCUACAGGUGAGAAUUUUGCUUUAUCCAUUUUUUCUCCCCUUUACUAUUUCGGAAACCUUAAUGGUUUAUCUUCUGACUCUACAAUAGACAUUCUUUACCAGCUUGGAACUACCCAAGAAUCCUGUGGACAAAGAGACAGAAUUCAGGCUUUGUUGAAGUGGGUCAGUGAUUCUGCAAGAGUAGCAGCUGUGAAAAGAAGUGGAAGGAUGAGCUAUGGUUGUCCCAGCACAUCAACAAGAGAGUAUGGUCUCUUGAUGCCAUCUCCCUCUCAUUUGCACUGCGUGGCAGCAAUUUUAUGGCAUAGCUAUGAACUACUUGUGGAAUAUGAUUUACCAGCACUCCUGAACAGAGAGCUCUUUGAGUCACUUUUUAAUUGGUCUAUGUCUCUUCCUUGCAACAUGGUUUUGAAGAAAGCUGUUGACAGUCUUCUUUGCUCAAUGUGUCAUAUACACCCAAAUUAUUUUUCCUUGCUUAUGGCCUGGAUGGGAAUUACUCCUCCUCCAUUACAGUGUCACCAUAGACUUUCCAUGACUGAUGAUAGUAAAAAACAGGACCUCAGUUCAUCUUUAACAGAUGACUCAAAAAACGCACAAGCACCUCUUGCACUAACUGAGUCUCACCUGGCAACUCUUGCUGCAUCCUCUCAAUCUCCAGAGGCUAUCAAACAAUUAUUAGACUCAGGAUUACCCUCACUUCUUGUAAGGAGCCUGGCUAGUUUCUGUUUUAACCACAUUUCUAGCUCUGAUUGCACUUCUCCAUCAGUGGAUGUUACCCAAGACAAACUCAGGAGACACCACGUUCCACAGCACUUUAAUAAGAUGCCCAUCACAGCAGACCUUGUUGCACCUGUUCUCAGGUUCUUGACAGAAGUUGGCGGUAGCCACAUUAUGAAAGACUGGCUUGGUGGUUCUGAAGUCAACCCUUUAUGGACAGCUCUUCUGUUCUUACUAUGUCAUUCUGGUGCCACUUCAGGAGGACACAGUUCAGGAGUGCCACAAACUAGUUCAAGGUCUACUUUGCUCUCCUCAGCUUCUGCAACAGGAUUAACCACCCAGCAACGGACUGCAAUUGAGAAUGCCACAGUGGCAUUCUUUUUACAGUGCAUUUCUUGUCACCCUAAUAACCAGAGGCUAAUGGCUCAGGUUCUUUGUGAACUUUUUCAAUCAUCCCCUCAACGAGGGAACCUUCCAACAUCUGGAAACAUUUCAGGGUUUAUAAGACGCCUCUUUUUGCAGUUGAUGCUAGAAGAUGAGAAAGUGACAAUGUUUCUUCAGUCACCAUGCCCACUAUACAAAGGAAGAAUAAAUGCCACUAGCCAUGUGAUCCAGCAUCCAAUGUAUGGAGCAGGGCACAAGUUUCGUACCCUUCAUCUGCCUAUUUCAACACCUUAGCAGAAGUUUCUUGAUAGAGUAUCAGACACCCCAAGUAUCACUGCUAAACUAAUUAAUGAACAGAAAGAUGACAGAAAGAAAAACCAUGAAGAGAAAGAAAAAGUUAAGGCAGAGAAUGGAUUUCAGGACAAUUAUAGUGUUGUUGUUGCCUCUGGCUUGAAAUCCCAGUCUAAACGAGCUGUAUCAUCCACACCACCGUCGUCCCCCGUCGAGGAAGGAAGAACAAUGCCAGAUAAGUAGGUAGCACUUCAUCAGGAACAGAGGUCUUCCAGCAAAACCAUUACUGUUCCCGUUUUUCAUCUAUACCACAAACAUUUGGCCGGCCAACCACUGCCUGCAGAGAUGACCCUUGCCCAGCUUUUAACUCUGCUUUAUGACCGGAAGCUCCCUCAAGGAUACCGUUCAAUUGAUUUAACUGUUAAAUUGGGCUCUAAAGUUAUCUCAGACCCAAGUCUUUCAAAAACAGAUUCUUUUAAAAGACUCCAUACUGAGAAAGAUCAUGUUGACUUACUAGGGAGCUGUCCAGAAGAUGAAAUUAUCACUCCAAAUGAUGAAUGUAUGGAAGCUGUGUUAGAUGAAUCUUUUCUUGAAACCUGCCCUAUUCAGUCACCAUUGCAAGUAUUUGCAGGAAUGGGUGGAUUGGCUCUCAUUGCAGAGAGAUUGCCCAUGCUAUAUCCAGAUGUAAUUCAGCAAGUUAGUGCCCCAGUAGUUACAUCUACUACUCAAAAGCCAAAGGGACAGCGUAUGCAGUUUGAAUGGGUAGACAUUGAACAUUCAGGAGAAUUGGUGUAUGAAGCUCCAGAAAACUUGCUGCUGAAGCCUCCACCAAUUAAGUCAACAGAGACAAGGUCUCCCAUACCAGCUCAUUCUUUAGGCUUUGGAUUGUUUCUCCGUCUGCCUGGUUAUGCUGAGGUGUUAUUAAAAGAGAGAAAACAUGCCCAGUGUCUACUUCGAUUGGUAUUAGGAGUAACAGAUGAUGGAGAAGGAAGUCAUAUCUUACAGUCUCCUUCAGCCAAUGUGCUUCCAACUCUUCCAUUCCAUGUAAUUGCGCAGUUUAUUAGCUCCACACCAUUGACUACUGAUGAUGGUGUACUCCUAAGGCGAAUGGCACUGGAAAUUGGAGCUGUCCAUCUGAUCCUUGCUUGCCUCUCUGCCCUAAGCCAUCAUGCUCCAAGAGUUCCUAAUUCUAAUCUCAAUCAAUCAGAGCCCCCAGUAUCAAGUACACAUAACAAUGCAUCAACAGAAGAGCAGCAGCUUUACUGGGCUAAAGGGACUGGCUUUGGAACAGGUUCUACAGCUUCUGGAUGGGAUGUGAACAGCUUUAACUAACAAAGACUGGAGGAAGAACAUGUCACCUGUCUCUUGCAGGUUCUUGCAAGUUAUAUAAAAUCCUGCAGGCAGCUCAACAAAAUGGGGACCCACAGUCUACUCCUGAGGGGAGGAGGACAGAACAUUAAUGCCCUUCCAUCUGUUCUUCUAGAGCUACUAAGUCAGUCCUGCCUCAUCCCGCAAAUGUCGUCCUAUCUUCGAAAUGAUUCCGUUCUUGAUAUGGCCAGACACGUUCCCCUCUACCGAGCUCUGCUGGAGUUGCUCCGUGCCAUUGCUUCCUGCACAUCCAUGGUGCCCCUGUUGUUGCCUCUCUCUACAGAAAAUGGUGAAGAAGAAGAGGAGCAAUCUGAGUCUCAAGCUUCAGUUGGAACAUUGUUAGCCAAAAUGAAGACAUGUGUGGAUACAUACACUAAUCGUUUGAGAUCUAAAAAGGAUAAAGCUAAAACAGGAGUAAAACCAGAUGCAUCUGAUCAAGAACCUGAAGGACUCACUCUUUUGGUACCAGAUAUUCAAAAAACUGCUGAAAUAGUUUAUGCAGCUACCACCAGUUUACGGCAAGCAAAUCAAGAAAAAAAGCUGGCCGAGUAUUCCAAGAAGGCUGCUGUAAAACCAAAACCUUUGUCAGUAUUAAGAUCACUUGAAGAAAAGUAUGUAGCUGUCAUGAAAAAGUUACAGUUUGAUACAUUUGAAAUGGUUUCUGAAGAUGAUGAUGGGAAAUUGGGUUUUAAAGUAAAUUAUCACUACAUGUCACAAGUGAAGAAUGCAAGUGAUGCAAAUAGUGCUGCAAGAGCUCGACGUCUUGCACAAGAAGCUGUGACACUUUCAACAUCAUUACCUCUUUCUUCAUCUUCCAGUGUCUUUGUACGCUGUGAUGAAGAACGGCUUGACAUCAUGAAGGUUCUAAUCACAGGCCCAGCAGAUACUCCUUAUGCAAAUGGCUGCUUUGAAUUUGAUGUCUAUUUUCCACAAGACUAUCCCAGUUCACCCCCACUUGUGAAUCUGGAGACAACUGGUGGCCAUAGUGUGCGAUUCAAUCCAAACCUUUACAAUGAUGGCAAGGUUUGUUUAAGCAUAUUAAAUACAUGGCAUGGAAGACCAGAAGAGAAAUGGAAUCCCCAGACAUCAAGCUUUUUACAAGUCUUGGUAUCUGUCCAAUCCCUUAUAUUAGUUGCUGAGCCAUAUUUUAAUGAACCAGGAUAUGAACGCUCUCGAGGCACUCCCAGUGGCACACAAAGUUCCCGUGAAUAUGAUGGAAAUAUACGACAAGCAACAGUCAAAUGGGCAAUGUUAGAACAAAUCAGAAACCCUUCACCGUGUUUUAAAGAGAUUAUACACCAAACAUUUUACUUGAAAAGAGUUGAGAUCACUCAGUGUGAGGAGUGGAUUGCAGAUAUACAACAGUACAGCAGUGACAAACGGGUAGGCAGGACCAUGUCCUCACCAUGCAGCAGCUUGAAGCGCCAUACUGCACAGCUUCGAGAAGAGCUCCUUAAACUCCCCUGUCCAGAUGGCUGACCAGAGGCUGAGGACUCCUCAGCAAUGUGCAGUGCUGCAGCGGGCUCCGAGGACUGCAUUGCAUGACCAGGUCACCCCGGCAGCAGUAAAGAGCUCCACAGUGACUUCCAGUUAUGAGCUGCACUGACAUGGGCUUUAUAGACACAGAGGCUUUGAAGCACAAGCCAAAUAUGUCAAUAUUUGUAUGUAAGAAGCUAAUAAUUAUGUCAUAGUAAUGGAACUGAAACUAUACUAUGCCCUUAAGGAUAUACAGUUUAAUUCAAGAUGAUCUUUUAUUUACCUGUACAAGAGUGUAAACUUUUUUGUGCUUUUAUUUUUCAAUUGUGAGAACCACUGAUUGGUAUGUUCAAAAAUUUGUGUAUACAAGAAAUGGAUAAAUCACUGCUAUAUAAGGGAAACUACCCUUAGGAAAGAAUGUUUUACUGAAUGUUUAUUAUUUUUUUUUUUACUUGUAGAGUGGAGGGCAGUUGUAACAAAGAAUAUAUAUUGGUCAUUCUUACAGCUAUUUAAAGUCACAACUUUUCACUGAAUUUGAUAGAUUCUAUGUUUGGCCAUACCUUAAUGCACACAAGUUUGAUUUCCGAAGACGUAUAUACUUCAAUAAAAGUUAAAUGGACAUA